AUGCUGCUCCCACCACUCGUGGCCUUAGUGCUGCUGACGCACAAGGCAGCUGCGGGAACGGAGUCCGUUAUGCGAAUUGUCAACAGCAAUCGCACUGUGAAGCUGAACCCGAGCGUGCAGCACAUUCCACUUGAUCCGGCCAAGGCGCAGAUGCGACCACCACCGGCGCACGUUCCUGCGGUCCCCGAAAUUUUCGUGGGCAUUUCAGUAUUUCGCGACGGUUUUCGCUGUGGCAAAACUGUCUUUACUGGCCUCAAGCGUGCCAAGUACCCGGACCGCCUCUACUUUGGUAUCGUGGACCAGGUGAACGAUGACGACGAGCGUUGCCUCGACGAGUACUGCAAGCUGGCAGAAGCGGAGUGGCCGGACAAAGGCAAGUGUCCGUACAAGGAACGCAUCCGCGUUGACUUGCGCUCCGCUUCCGAGUCGCGAGGUCCUACUCUUGCGCGCCACUACCAGCAGAAGCUUUUACAGCAAGAAGAGUUCUGUCUUCAGCUGGAUGGACACAGUAUUUUCACAAACCUUUGGGACGAGAACUUGCUGGCCGAAUGGAAACGUAUCGGCAAUGAAAUGGCCGUCCUAUCCACGUACUUGCAUCACCUCCACGACUUCAUAAAAGAAAACGGCGACAACGCUUUUUCGGCAGCUUUGCCCCAUCUGUGCUCGACCAAGCGUGGUUCCAAUGGACUAGUUCGCAACGUCGGUGCAAGUAUGAUAAGUGAGAGUAAAAUCCCACAGCUGCAAGCGCUGUGGGGUGCCGGGUUGUCCUUCAACAAGUGUCACGCCGAGCGUCGCGUGCUGGUGGACCCGCAUACGCUUUGGAUGUUUGAUGGUGAGGAGUUUCUGCGCGCAGCUCGAUUAUGGACGAGCGGCUACGAUAUAUACUCUCCUAGCACGUUGGGCUCCGUCGUUUUCCACAACUACUCCAGAGUACCUGCUCGCUUUGAGCGCAUAAGUGUGGAUCCACAGGUAAAGUCGCGCGAACGCCAAAUGGCGUUUAAUCGGUUUAAUCUUCUGGUUGGCUAUCCUUUUAAGGGUCUCGUUGACACGUUCGAGCUGGACAAGUAUGGUUUCGGGUCUGUGCGCUCUUUUCAGAGCUACCUCAAUUUCUGUGGCGUGACGUUCCAGGAAGGUUUGAAUGAUACCGAGUCAUGCGAGCAGCUUCACUGGGUACCUUAUGAGAAUGAAACAGAGGUGGAAGCUUUGGUGGGAAAUGGGUGGAAGCUGGGCAAAAAGAAGCAAGAAUCUUCAACGCUAGACGCUGGACGGACGAGAGCUCAGGCUUAUAUGGACGAGAAUGUGGGCACUGAUGAUGUACAACGCGCAGCAGAUGUGCACGCUAGAGACGGUGCGAAUAUUGGAGAAGACGAUGCGGUAGAUAAGACGAGGACGCAGCUGCGGCAAAAAGUACUGAGCGAUCGUACAGCAAAGGGAUCUUACGCUGCAACGGCUUGGCUCGUCCUCAUUGUCGUCACGGCGGCUCUCUUCGUUACUUUUUCGAGGGACUCUGUGUCGAGUUACAUCCGCCUUUCUUUUUGUGCUCGCGAGCCGCGCUCUCACGCUUCUAUCGAGUAA